AUGUCGGAUCCCUUGUCCUUGGCGGCCGCCGGCGCCGGCUUCGUCUCGCUUGGCCUCACCGUCUGCGAUGGCAUAUACAAGUACAUCAAUGCGUGCGCCGGCAAGUCUGCGGACCUGCACCAGCUGCGCGAAACAGCAGACGAUUUAAAGUCGGUCGUUGAGCUGAUCGAGGCGCGUCUCGCUCAAGCCACCUCACAAACAUCAACAAGCGCCGCAUCGACAGCCACAAAGACGGCUAUCAAGGGGAGGAUCACAUCCUGCGAGGCCGCGGCAACGUGCAUACUCGAGCUGGCCGAGAAGUACGCACCUGCGCCGGCUGGAGCGCGCUUGGCGGAUAGGAUCAAAAGGCUCGCGCGGGCCGGGACAUACCCCAUGCGCAGGGAGAGUCUCAUGGAGCUUCAGCAGGCUUGCCAGCGCUACAAAAACAGCCUCGUGCUGUUGCUUCAACUCUUUCAGGUCGUGUCGGGCUGCUGA